AACAGUAGACCACGGUACGGUAGUCGGUACAUCGCUCCGUCGGGCGUUUUCAGAGAGAUCGCGUUUUCACAAAUUUCGUGUGACUACAUGAGGGACUGAAUAUGCCUAAGAAUGCUCUAGUCACGGUGCGAUAUGGGCCAUAUCGUGCUUGUGGCAUCGUUGAACACAGAACAUCACGACUAGAUGGGUUACAAGCUCUGCUGACAGGAGAUGGUCACACAGUGGAGUUGUGCCCAAUUGAGGACUGGAAUGUAGUGGAACUUAUCGUGAAUGGAGAGAUGGUAUACCAGUGUGACAUUACCGAGAUGGACUAUGGGAGCGAUGGUCAGUUGGACAAGUUGUGCCACGAAGCAUUGGAAGCUGUGAGGAAGGCAUUCUAGGCUGGGCGGCUGGGGAGGGGGGUUGGAACUAGGAUGUGGAGUAGAGGGUAUGCUGAACCUCAACAGUGGGAGAGAUGAGAAGUCGUCUGCUACGUUCCGUACAAGCACAUAGUUGGCUUUGCAGCGGUCCUAAUUUCCGUCCCCACAAGUAUUUGCAACUUGUAGGCGAGCAUGAGAAGCAAUAGAAUCUGUAGAAAUCAUCCUGACUUCAGGGAACCAGACCAGGUCAGGUACUGUGAUAAAGUAUUUCACCAGGCUCCCCUUGCUGUUGCUUGCAGUGUCUCACAGCUCCAUCCUUUUGGAUAGGGCUAGUUUCCUACGGUGGGUUUAAAUUGUGGGCUCGGGUGCACACUCGGCAACACGGACCAAGAUCAAGCAGCUCCUUCAGUCUGGGCGAAACCUACAAAAUCCAAACCUCCAAAGUCAAGAUCUUAGAAAGGCCUGUGCAGAAGUUACUUACUGCCAGCCUAAUUUUAGGAAAUAAUACAUCUGUUUUGCCUUGUUCUUGUUCUCAACAACCAGUUUAAAAGCCAAUCUAUACAUUUGUCACUUUCGUGUAAAUAUAAAUGAAUGUUGUAAACAUAUGUAUAUAUAUCACUUCAAAUAAAAUGAAUGUGUUAGUUUUAACAAAUGUUCUAUUUGCAUUUCUGACUCUGGUUUAGUCAGUUCCAAAUUUUGAAAACAUGAGAUUGUCUUGCUUUCAUUCCCUUCUUGACCCUAAAAAAGGCCAGUAACAUGCAACUUUUGGCCUAACCAGACUUUCAUGAUUUCCUCUCUCGCGCAUGUUGACACCUACCUUGACUGAAAGAUCUUGCAAAGUGUCAAAUUUUCAAACACAGGACGGUGAAAAGAAAGGACAUUUUUUUCCAGCUUUGCAUCCUGUGCAGGACUGCAGUGUGCGUUAUGAAAGAUGACUACAAUCAUGUUAUCAGAGCAGACCCCAUUUGCAUGCACGCCAUAGUAGAGGGGGGGGUGAAUUUACUCACAUGGUGAAUUGCUUUUUAGCCUUUUCAGAGCAAAUACAUGUACUGUGCAGCUAAAAUGUACACACUAAAAGCCUCUACGCAGGUACACAUACACAGAUAUACUACCCCCAAAAAAAUCAUUAAAAAUGACAAUAAAGCACCUUUUGCUAUUUACACUUUUGUACCAACUGAACAAAUUUUAUUUUAUCAUACAUAUUAAUUAUCCGUCCAUUGUACACGGAACAAUUCAAAAAAAAAAAAAA